AUUAUGCACAAAAGUCGAACAUAUGCUGAUAUCAGCGCGCUGAAUUGCUCGUUCGAAUAUUGUCAGAUUGUUGAUUGGUGAAUUGAAAAUUGUUCUUUUUCUUCAGCAUAAAACAUGGUUCAAGUGAACGAAAAAGAUGGAAUACAUUGGGUGGAAAAAUAUCGGCCAAAAACAUUGGAUGAUUUAGUAUCGCAUAAAGAUAUUGUUACUACCAUUGAAAAAUUCAUCAAUGAAGAUCGUAUGCCACAUCUGUUAUUAUAUGGCCCACCUGGUACUGGCAAAACAUCGACUAUUCUUGCUUGUGCUAGAAAAUUAUAUAAAGAACGGGAUUAUUCAUCAAUGGUUUUAGAGCUAAAUGCAUCUGAUGAUCGUGGUAUUGGUAUUGUUCGUGGUUCAAUACAAACAUUUGCAUCGACCAGAAUAAUGUUUAAUCAGAAUGCAUUCAAAUUGAUCAUAUUGGAUGAAGCCGAUGCUAUGACACAGGAUGCACAGAAUGCAUUGAGAAGAAUUAUUGAAAAAUAUACAUCGAAUGUACGAUUCUGUUUCAUUUGUAAUUAUCUGAACAAAAUAAUACCUGCGAUUCAAUCACGAUGUACGAAAUUUCGUUUUGCACCACUUCGUUCUGAUCAAAUCAAACAUAGGCUUGAUUAUAUUGUUGAACAAGAAAUGAUCAAUAUUACUGAUGAUGGAAAAAAUGCAUUGAUUGAAUUAUCUAGUGGUGAUAUGCGUCGUGUAUUGAAUAUUUUGCAAAGUACAUCGACAGCAUUUCGUAUCGUGGAUGAAGAAAAUGUUUACAAAUGUUGUGGUAUACCAACGAAAGCUGAAAUUAAAUCCAUUUUACAACAAAUAACAGAGGAUAAAUUUUCCAAAAUCUAUACCAACAUAUUAACAAUGCAAUCGGAAAAUGGUUAUUCACUUAUCGACAUUCUUCGUGGACUUCAUGAACAAGUAUUGAAAAUUGAAUUUCCUGAUCAAAUCAAACUGGAUCUUAUGGAUAAAAUGGCCAAUAUUGAAGUGAAUCUUUGUGCAGGUGGUGGUGUAGAAAAAGUUCAAUUGGCUGCAUUGAUUGCCGCAUUUCAAUGUGUACGUGAUACGUUGAAAAAUUGAUCAGUUUUUUUUUCUUUUUUUAAAAAAAAUCCAUGAAUUAAAAAUUUAAUUUUUCCACUUUA